AUGUCGGUGGACCAAACCCUCUACAGCCGCACUCCAACAGCGAUGGCAGAUCCCACCUGUGCCGGCCCAGCUGCCUUCACCGCGGCGGGCGCUUUCUCACAGCCUGACCUGAUGGCUUUCUCGCUCCGAGAAGAAGAACCGAUCUGGGGCUUCGACACCAUCGCGCCGUCCAUGGCCUCAUGGCAAGGCAAGAUGGAGCAACAGACCUUUUGCAACCCCAACAUGGAGAGGGGCCUUAAAAACACUCACGUCCGCAAUGGACAACCAACACCGCCUCCCUUUGACGACAAGAAACUACAGACCCCCAUGGGGGAGAUGUACCCCGUGGCACAGUAUGCCUUCAACAGCUCACCGCCCGAGUAUGCACCCCCGAAACAUCGCAGCAGCCUUAGUGAACAAUCACAGACAGAUGGUUAUGGGGUCAGUACCCGACGUCGCAAAGCAUCAGCCAUCGACCAGUGUGAGCAACAGCAAGAGCGGGAGAAGCGGGAAAAAUUCCUGGAACGGAACCGGCUGGCGGCCAGCAAGUGUCGACAGAAAAAAAAGGAGCACACGAAGCUCCUAGAGACCCGGUUUCGCGAGGUAUCCAACAAGAAAGGAGAGCUCGAGUCCGAAAUCGAACACCUGCGCAGCGAAGUGCUCAACCUCAAGAACGAGAUGCUGCGGCAUGCGCAAUGUGGAGACGAGGCCAUCAAGAUCCACCUCGCCCAGAUGGUCCGGUUGAUCACCUCCAAGGACACCCCCAACCGCGAUCUGGUUUCUCCCAUGCGAUCCCCUGAACAGAUGGCGGCUUCCACUCCUCACGGGCUGUCAUUCGGAUUCGACGGUCCCAUGCAGCUGCCCUCGGAGAUGGGGUCACCGUUGGAUCAGCGACGAGACUCCGAGCAGUCCAUUAUGACCGAGUCGUCCUACACAUUCUCCACGGAUGACAGUUUUGAAGAGCUGAUUAAUGUUUAG